AUGGCGUCAGAUACCGAGGGCAUAGCCGCGCUGUUCUCCAUGUACAACGAUGACGACGAAGAGGACGCCGACGAGCCCGGACCUCCUUCCCCGCCGCCGCCCGCUGCGGCAACCUCCCCCUCCACGUCACCUCGAACCGGAGGUGAGAGCUCCAACCCUAACUCGAACCCCAACCCUUCGCCGGAGCACUCGCCGCCUCCCCUCCCCGAGGAGCAGGCCAGCCGCAAACCCCUAGCGAGCCCCCAGGUCUCGCCGGCGCUUCCGCCGCUUCCGCCGCUGCCCUCGCGCCGUUCGCCCCUACCUUUCGCGGUUUCGUCCCCCUCCCCAUCUCGUCCCCCGCUGUCCGCCCCGCCGCCCGAUCUACCGCGCCCGCCACGGCGCGGGUCGCUUGCUAUAGUGGACUACGCGCAUGACGAGAUGGCAAUGUCGCCUGACCAGGAGGACGGGGAGAUCAUGAGUGGCAUAGGCGGCUUGGGCUUGGAUGCUCAGGAUGCUGAGGGGAUUCUUGAAGAAAGAGUUCUCUCAGGCACUGUUCAUAUUCUCACCCCAAAAGUCCUAUCAGAAACUUCUCGGCAUUUGGAUGCACCUGAGCAGAACCAAAUGAGGGCAGAUGUUCCAGUGGAUGUAACGGGAACAGAAGCUGAAGAUGCUAGGGUGGAGGAAGCUUCUGAUAUUUCUACCAAUGUUCAGAAUGAUGAUCCAUUGAGCCGUUUCCUUCCUCCGCCUGUGACUACAAAAUGUUCUACAGCAUUACAGCAAAGGAUAAACAAGUUCCUUGGAUACAAAAGGUCUGGAAAGAGCUUUAAUGCUGAAGUGCGUAACAGAAAGGACUACAGAAAUCCUGACUUUUUGCAGCAUGCUGUGCGGUACCAAGAAAUUGAUCAGAUAGGGACCUGCUUCAGUAAAGAUGUUUUCAAUCCAUAUGGGUACGAUAAAAGUGACUACUACGAUGAGAUAGAAGCUGAUAUGAAGCGUGAACUUGAGAGGAAGGAACAGGAGAAGAAAAGAAAUCCAAGAAUUGAUUUUACUAGUUCUGGAGUACAACCUCCAAUCAAUCCAUCAAUAGCGAAGAUUUCAGCCGCCAUAUCAGCAGCAGCUGUAGCUGGUGUAUCGGUUCCGGCAUCGGCAGAUACUGUACAGAAAGAGGCUAGGCCAAACAAAAAGUCAAAAUGGGAUAAGGUUGAUGGUGAUACUAAGAACCCUGCAGCUGCUAGUGGACUUGACAGUCGGUCAGCAGCCAGUGGAUCUGCCACACUUUUGACUUCUGAAAAUGCUGUUGCUGGUGGAUAUGCUGCUUUUGCGCAACAGAAGAGAAAAGAAGCUGAAGAAAGGAGGACAAGUGAUUACAAGUCAGACAGGAGAUCAUAG